UCUGUUAUAUUAGCCGUAGUUCCUUUUUAUUUUUGUAAUUUUGUUAGUUUUUUCCUUAUUUCUACACCAUCAUUAUCCUUCAUUCAUUACAGUCUAUAAAAAAGAGAAUACUCUAUUCUUGAAAGAAAAAAGCAAUUGAAAAAGAUGGGUCAACGACAAUCAAGCUCACAAUCUUAUAGAGACAACAAUAGCCAUUCAAAUCGUAAUGUAAAUAGUAACAGAAGACAAAGAGUUGUUAGACCCGACAGUCGUUCCAAUGCCAAUAUUCCUCCCCAUGAUAAUAUACCCUACAGACGUACAAACACAACUACAAACAGUAAUCGAACGCAUUCACGAUCGUCGUCAUCUCCACAGACAAGUUCUAAUGUUACGGCAUCUUCCAAUACAGCCAGUGAUGAAAGGACGUGGCGACGGUUAAGGAGAGAAAGAAGAAGGGAAGAGGGUCUUCACGAGGAUAGCGGCAGCAACCAUCAUCUGAAUAGCAUUAUAUCUACUGUAACGGAAGCGAUUGAUGCUGCGGCUGCCAUGGCGAACAAUAACAGUAGGAAUGAUACCAACCAUGCUCCCUUUGAUCGGACGACGACGCCCUCUGACCCAACGAGUGCCACAACAACAACAACAACAACAACAGCAAGAGCAACAGAAGGAGCUGCAGCAACGAUGAGCCCUUUUUCACGUAUGCUUGCACAAGUUAUUACGGAAGCUGUCGUUACUUCUUUCCGUAACGGCCAUCUGAGUACUACGCCACCCCUCUCUGAACAGCCAUCUUCCUCACCGUCUGAUACGAACAAUGAAGAACGUCAUAGUAAUAGUAACAAUCAAAGUCAAAAUCCAUCCUUCCCCCUACCGACCUCCUCCCCCUCGUCCUCAUUGUUGUCGUCGUCGUCACAGCAAGCACAACCUCGACAACAAUUAACAAUGCAUAUCUCACCCGAAAUGUUUAGUCAAAUGGAACCAGAAGGUACUGAAGAUACAUUUAUGCGAUUCCUAAGAUUGCCUGUUAUUGUUAGUAAUGUUUCCAGUGACGAUACAGCAAGCACAUCUCAUGACCCCGCUAUUACUACUACUACUACUACUACUACUUCUACCUCUACUGCUUCUUCGACGUCUAGAACGAGACGUAGUCGUAGUUCAACGGCAGUGAAUGCAGAUGGUGAAUCACCGACGUUGACAGAAGAAAAUAGUGAAAUUACUCGUGUGAUGAUGUUGCCAGUCUUUUUAUAUGGUUUAAGAACCCAUGCGAAUAGUAACAUGAUGAAUACAGGCUCAACCACCACCGCAACAGCAACAGAAACAGCAACAGCAGCAGCAGCAGGAAGUGAAGGAGGAGAAGGAGGAGAAGGAGGAGCAGGAGCAGACAGAGAGGAUGUAGAUGAUGAAAAUAACAAUAGAAGAUUUAGUGUGAGAAUUCGUGAAAGAUUAGAAAGAGAAAGACGUCUACAAGCAGAACAAUCAGCAUCCUCCGUACCCGCCACCUCCAGUACAUCUGGAACUGGAAGCUCCUCCUCCUCUAGAGGGACAAGACAGGAGGGUGAUAACAGCGGCGGCAUCAAUGGUCAAUGGACAGUGUAUAUUAUUAGCGGUACAAGUAUUGAAAAUUUGUUCACCUCCGAAGGUGAAUAUAAUUUUAGUUACGAAGAAUUAUUAGAAUUGGCGGCCAUGAUUGGGCCCGCAAGAAGGCCUACGGUUAGUCAAGAAGAGAUCGACGCAGCUAUUCCUAUUGUUAAAUACACUCAACAGGUGAAACAGAUGAUGGUGGGUAACUCGGAGGGGUGUCAAGUGUGUUUGAAUACAUACCAAUCAGAUGAAGAUGUGCGAGUUUUAUCGUGUCAUCAUGGGUUUCACAAAGAUUGUAUCGAUAAAUGGCUGACGGAGGGCCAAAAUCAAUGUCCACUUUGUCGCGGCGUACCCGUUCAACGGCAAGAACAACAGCAGCAGCAGCAGCAGCAGCAGCAGCAGUAGCAACGUUAACCAUUGAGAGAAGAAGAAUAAAAAACAAG